AAAAAAAAAAAAAAAAAAAAAAAAAAAAGGGAAAGAAAGAAAAACAGUAGACAGGCAAGUGGAAUUCAACGCACACUCUAUUGUUGCUGACCUUCACGUCUCUUGAAACUGCGCCUGCGAAUGAGUGGAUAUUGAGGCGCCAAAUCUUGCAGGGCUUGACCUUCAUAGGGACGCCAAAAUCUUGUGUCUACGCCUAGAUAAUUUUGUAAAGUAUUGAAAACCAGCAGUGUUAAAAGUCUGGUAUGAUUAUACCUUGUAGAUUUUAUUACUUCUUUAUUGCCACAUCCUUCCCAGUCCUCAGGGUUCGCGAAAAGAGUAUAACCUCUAACAUACGUAGCCCUUCCCAAAAAUUACGCUUCUCGUUCUGUAACUUUUCUUAUUACCCAGUUCAAAGUCUGGCGGUUUUCUAGUAUGGUUGUGCUGAAUCGUGUGCACAUGCUCUUUCCAUAUGUGUUAUGCUUAUCCUCGUUAAUUCUGAAGGCCUUAAUCAUAAUGGGGUGCACGUCCCAGUCAGCGAUAUCUGCCGCAAUGUACUUUGUGAAGGUAACUCGCUUGAGCAGUUCUACAAAAUCUACAAUCCCAAGUAGAAGGCAGGCAAAUUAUACAGCCACAUCUGUCCUGGGCAUAGGGGAAUUAGAGACAUAUACAAAGCACUUAUCAAACGCUGAUAGCUCAACAACCAAAUUCGUCGGAAUUGUGGUGGAUGUUGCGAGUAACAGAAGUGCAGUAAAGGCACGAAAUACCAAAACUAUAGGGGCUGUGGAGCGAUUUACGGGUUUCUUGGGGUACAUGCAUCCGGAAGGGGGAGUGAGAUUUAGGGUGACUCAAGUAGGGGGAGAUAAUGUCAUAAACAAAAUUGAAGCACCUCUUACUGAGAUGCAUUUGAUUGGAAUACUGAGCUACUGUUGUGGAAGCUCGAACCUCACGUUCUCGAACCUUACUGACUGUGCUCCGCCGAGCUUCUCUUUCACGUUCAACUUUGAAGAUGUUUUUAGGGUACAGCAAGGGACUUCUAAUGUAUUAACUCCUCAAGCGGUACAUGAUACGAUUGGAUAUUAUAGGAACUGCACACAAUGGGCUAUUUUUGCUUAUCUAACAGCGUCCUGUUCAAUAGGGCUCAUAGUCCUGAUCAGUUUUACAGCUGUCUGUUCUCGGUUGGGAAGUGUAAUUACGAGUCUGUUCGCCCUGGUGAGGGGAACCAUCCCUUUAUUAUGCUUUUGCUGAAACUAGUAGACAGCAGCAUUUUCUAGUUUCGGAGCAUCUCUUACC